AUGUUUAUCCAGAAGGCAUGGUGGACGGCGGCGUUCGGGCUCUACGGCUUCAACCAGUUCACCAAAUCCGGUUUCCUGGAGCAUGCCAAGAAACUCAGAGAGGACGAUACGCAGAUCCGGUUGGAAGGGAAAAGUUGCCUGGUAACCGGAGCAAAUUCCGGCAUAGGUUUUGCUACAUCUGAGGGUUUGGCUUCAUGCGGUGCUACUAUCUCUAUGCUCUGUCGUAGCAAGGAAAGGGGAGAGGCUGCUCUUAAUCAAAUAAGGUCCAAAACUGGCAAUACAAAAGUUCAUCUGGAGAUAUGUGACCUUUCAUCUAUCAAUGAAGUCAAAUCAUUUGCAACAAAGUUCACUUCAAUGGAUAAAUCACUUCAUGUCCUAGUUAACAAUGCUGGCUUACUUGAGCACAAGCGUGAGACUACAACAGAAGGGCAAGUGAUAUUGUGUUCAUUUGUUGUUUCCCUUGGUUAUUUGCAAACCCCCUCUUCAGUGGAAUCGUGA